AUGUCGCUAGCGGAUGUCCGGUCCGCGCGCAGUUCACCCACACCAGACUCCUGCCCCGAGUGCGACACGGGAGCCUCCGUCACAUCCGACUUGCACAAGUACCAAGUAGCAUGUACAUGCAAGCCAUCAUCAGUGCAGUACGCGUGCGCAGACGACCCUGGCCCACCAGCUCCAGCGAAGACUGACACCCCACCAGCGCUGCCACCUCGACCACCCACCAACGUCCUUGCAGCCACCAAUCGGAGAAAUAAUGCGUCGGUGGGCUGCCAGGGCAACUCGGUCUGUCGUCGACGCAAGUACGCGUGGUGGUGCUGUGGGUGCGGCGCGCUGGCGGCCGCGCUGGGCGGGCUGCUGGCCGCGCAGCACAUACUGCUGCGAGCGUACACCGCCUCGCCGCACCACCUGGAGACCGUGCCCGCGGCCGUGCCUGCCGCUAUGCUGGUGCUGACAGGGGUGUGUAUAAUGAGCCUCGCGCGCCGCAGGAACAGAUACAGCUACAUGGUAAGAAAAAUCAAAGUGGUCGGCGCCUGCUGCCUCGUCUGCGCGCUCACCUGUGUCUUAGUCACUAUAACAACCACAGUCAUACAUAUGAACAAAUUACAAACACUUAAAUUCUGCGAGUACACCAAACUGACGAGGACAUGCACAUGUUUCUCCAUAUCCCCUGACGUUCAGCACAGUUCUUCUGAUGAUGAAGGCUCGCGGUGCGUGUUCGAGGGCGUGUCGGACUGCGGCGUGGUGCACGGCGCGCUGUACUGGUGCCUGCGCGGCGUGUUCGCGCUGUCGGUCAGCGCCGUGCUCGUCUGCAUCUUCAGCUGCAUGCUCGCCUACCAACUGCUCAGUCAUGAGCGUAAGAAGAUGUACUGGGAGCAGCUGGAGCUGAGAUGCAGGUCUCUGUACAGACCUCCCAGUGGGCAACCGGCAGUCGCUGCUGGGAGACAGGUGCAGAACACCUGCAGUUGCUGUGCUCAAUGUACGGCUCCUCCCGCCUGGGACUUCACUCUGCAACAUCGCUUCUGGGCUCCUGGUCGCAUAGGCAACCUGUACUCACCUAACCCAGGAACUGGCAGAAAGACGUCACCGUGGAGCUGGUUUCCUUGGCCGAGAGGGAACAGCCAGAAUUCCCGCUGUCGUAUGAGCGGCGUCCCUCAGUCGGGCGACAGCGCCUACGGUUUCUGUGAAACGGAACAAAACCAACCCGGACAGUCCUACGACGAGCGACCGUACCCUACAAACUUCGACCAGUUCCAGCGUCAGAACUUCCCCCAAAACACCCCCACUUUCAGCCCGAACACACCCAAUUUCCCCCAAACCCAAAACUUUGUCCAAAAUUCUGCAAAUUUCAGCCAAAGUUCUAAUUUCCAAGGAUACCCUCAAGGCGCUGGUUUUCAAGCUCCUGGUCUGUCUGCUAGGGAGGCGGGGGGUAGUUUUGAUGCUCAGACUGGUGUUUGGGGUCCUCCACCGCCUUACAGUCCCCAGGGACGCUCUGCUAGCAGACACCAUCUCCACCAAGACCCGGCAACCACCACUCUACUCCACCACCACAUCGACCCCCGCACCAUACACGACCACCCCAUACACGACCACACCAUACAACACACCUGCAGGAACUAUCACCCACAAGACAUCGCACGGAUCAACCCAGAGAUAAACCGGUUGAAUCCAGACCUGAACCGGUUAAAUCCAGACAUAAACCGGAUGAAUCCAGAUAUGAACCGGUUGAAUCCAGACAUAAACCGGUUGAAUCCUGAUAUAAAUCGGAUGAAUCCGGAAUUGAUGUAUCCGAAUGAUCCGAACGAUAUCCGUUUGCAAGAUAUGGUUAGUGUGGAGAGGUUCAAUACGUUGAGAGGUCACCUCGUGAAGUAUAGAGGCUGUCCGAGGUCAGGAGUCAGUGCGGGGAAUAUUCAUGCGGAUUGUGGGGAAAUAUCUAUAGAGUGCUUGCAUCAGAAAUCUGCUAGUAAAGUGUCAGACCAAAGUAGUGACUCGUGUCAGAAGCAAGGAAAAGAAAAUUUAGGAUUUCAAAACGACAAGCAUUCUCCUAUAAGAUCAUCAGCUCGCUCGGGCCACGGCGUGGUGGGCGCGGAGUCGGAGGUUUACUUCGCGGACGUGUCUAGUUGCUGUAACGUUAGCGUGCAGGCGGACUGCUGUAUCAACCCCAACGUAUCUCUCGUUGGCACGAUAGAAACGCACCCAGAAUCUACGUCAGAGUCAGAUACCGGUUCGUUUACUCUGACGCGUCAGCAAAGACCGCAACCACAGGUCGGGUCCAAGCGCAGACCGAGACAGACAGACAAACACACAAAGACACAGGAGAAAAUACGACAAGAUUUUAACAAUUCUAUAAGACUCACGGAACAGCAAAUAGAACAUUUGAACAGUUCGAUGAGAAUGGAAAGAAUGAACGAAGCAAGGAUGAGUGAACGUAUGAACGAAUCAAGAAUAUGUGACCGUAUGAACGAGUCAAGAAUCAGUGACCGUAUGAACGAAUCAAGAAUCAGUGACCGUAUGGCAGACAUACGAAUGAGUGAUAGAAUGAUCGAUUCAAGAGAUCGAUUAAACGAUUCAAGAAUCGAAAGAAUGAAUGAAUCUCGCGAAUCAAGAGAUUCUAGAGACAGAUUGAACGAACGGGAAAGAAUGUCCGAACGAAUAAUUGAAUCAGAUAGAUCAAAUGAUUCUAGGAUAGACAGGAACGAUUCUAGAGACCGUUUGAAUGAUUCUAGGAGUAUAGAUAGAGACCGAUUGACCGAUCGAAUAAAUAAUUCCCGCGCAAUGAGUGACAGAGACAGAAUGAUUGAUUCUCGAGCAAUAACUGACAGAGAUAGAAUGAAUGACACUCGGGUAAUGAGUGAAAGAGAUAGACUAAGCGAUUCAAGAUUCGAAGACCGUAGACUAUCUGAUUUAAACUCGAGUAUAAGAAUCGAGGGUAGUCCGAAACGCGCCCAAAUGAGUCCUUUAAGAAUGCCCAGAACGAGUCCCAAAGAGCGCUCAGAUUCUAAGGAAUUCUUUAUACAGAAUCGUCAAGAUUCUAAAGAAUUCUUUACCCAAAAUCUCUCACCCCUCUCUCCUCUAUCACCGAACACAGAAGAGUCACUUCUAUCCUCAGAAGGGGAUAGAAGAGAGGAGACAGUUUAUUCGAACGAGCCAGAAGCUUCUAAGUCUUCCAAAUGCCUUGCUCCGGAUUCUCAGUACGAACCUGUAAGGGAACAAGAAGAAAUACUAAAAUUAAACCACCACCAUUGUUAUAGUGAUACUAACACCAUGGACUCUGGAUGGCAAAGUGGUUCAGAGAAACAAGUCACGGACUAAAUAAGCUAUAAGUUUUAAUUUUGUGAUUUUACUUGU